GGCGUUUAAAGCGGCGGCGUCGUGAUCCCAGCACUGAUAUUUGGGAAGGCGGCUGUGCGGUGCUGCUUAUAAGCGUUGCUGUUACAGCCUCUGAGCGUCGAGUGCUGGCUUGGAUUUUUCUGUCUGCCGUGGGACGGUUUAGUAAACAUGUAGCACAUGCAUAAGGGCGCCUGGGUGAAUCGUUGUGCUUUUUUUUGUAACUGGGCAUGGUGUUCGCAGGUGGGAUUUGCGUGCCUGUGAUUUACCUGAAAGGCCAGAAAAACAACUCGAAAGAAUUUGAUUAAAUCAUAAAUUAGAAAAGCCAGACAGAGUCAUUUCUAAGGUAAUUUUUCACGGCGUGGAAGAUUGAUUUGCAUUCCUGAAACUGCAGAUUAAAAAAAAAAAAAAAAAAGAGCAAGUCAUUAAAUAACUGUGGCAGUUUUGGGUGGGUCGUCCUGUGCUGUUCUGUAGCUCUGAGGCUUUAACUGCUAAGGAGCUUAAAAAUGUCAAACCACCCUCAUUUGGAACAAUAAAUCUCUGCCUCCAUUCUAUGAACUCUUCCUAAAUACGUUAAUAAAAAAAUGCUGAACAUAGUUGAGAACAGAAUAAGAGUUAUAAGGCCCCAGUAACUUAUCUGGGGGAUUAUACUCCUGUAUCGUUAAGCAGGAAGGCCAGCUCCUCAGUGUGGUUGUUUUGGGUUAUUAAAGCUUCAUUAUCAGUGCUCUGUCAGUAAAUUUACAGUGAUUUGUGCUUUUCUAACGCGUGCGUGUUUUGAAAUCCUAUAGUUCUAUUAUUAGGAGGUUCUGUCGGUUUAUUUUUACCCCUUCUACAUUUACUCUCAGUUAUUUUAGUGUUUGUAGUAGAUCUGAUAUUUGCAAUUCACACCUGAUUGCUUCUAAGUAACAUAAUAUUUGUGCUGCAUUGACAGCACUCACUGCAGUUAAGAUUCUAAAAUGGUUCCCAUUGCUGACACUCCUCUUGCUGGUUCAGAGGCUGAGAUUUUAUGGGAGGAUAAAGGAAAUAAGCAGUGAAUUCAGCAGCUCUAAGCAGGUUUUUUUGUUUGGUUAUUUUAUUUUUUUAUUUUUUCUUUUACGUAAUUCUGACUAUACAAUAAAAAUGGGAGGGGGGGGAAUGUUGCAACCUCUCGCAUAGGAAAAAAUUGGAAGGCAGUACAAAGUAAGAAUGCAAGUGAGCUUCCAGUGUAAGAAACUUCUUAGAAAGAAGCUCAGUGGGGUUGCAAAAUUGGGAUUCGUUGCCUGCUGACACAGAUCAAUUAAUUCCUUCUUUAUAAACUUCGUGUUCUGUUAUAGAUUGAAAGCGUAAAACAACAAAGGAGAAAACAGAGCUAUGUAAGAACUGCCAAGUUUGGACAGCUCUGAAUUGCUGUGUCCUGCAGAAAUACAUUUUCCAGAAUAGAAGCAGACACUUUAAUACUUCAUAAAUGCCCAGACAAGGCUGUGUUUGAGAAGGGCGUUGUAAGAGCUGUAUGUCUUGAAAACUGACUUAAUAACUGAUCUGUGUUCAGUAAAACAAAUAUCCUUUUGAGUUUUAAGUUCAGCACAGGCCUUGUCCUUGAGCAAUGAGAUGCUCACACUUGGUCUUACGGCUGCAGUUUGCUUCAGGAAAUCAGAAAAAGUGAUCACAGCAGUCACAGAUUUGUCCAGUUAAUUGACGCUUAGACUGCUGUGAAGCUCAUUCCAUACUGCAGUGGGAUUCCUUUUGGUUUCUGGACAAAGCCUCCCAUGCUAUCAGUGCAGAGCCUUACCUUCAGAGCUGGGCCUUCCUAAACUUGUGAAGAGCCAGCAGCUGACCCAGUGUGCCACCGGCACAGACAGCAGAUGGAAAUACCACGUCCUGCUUGCCCUUGGUCUGACCUUGGUGCAGGUGAUUACUGACAUUGGGUUCAUAAUCUCCUUUAGAGCAUAUUUAGGAUGGCACCCGGCGUGUUCCCCAUACACAGCAUCUUGGCUGUGCCUCAGUCGUGCAUCUCAGAGCCCACCUGCUCUGCAGCUGCACCACUUCUUCACCAGUUCUGUUCCUGUGCUCUGCCUGCACGGCGCUGUGCAUCUUCUGGUGUCAGGAGUUACUGGAGUUGGUUGAAGGUUGACGUAGCGGCAGUAAAUCUCUUGUGUUUUUCUUUUAAUGUGCUUAGGAGUUCAGAUUCAGUGAUGCUUCUAACUUUACUUUCCUGCAUUGAAACAUUGUGUGUAAAAUCUGGUUAGGGUGAUUGGGAAAGGAAACCAAUAGGAUAAAACAAAACAAAAUGGAAACAACUUCAGGAGCAUCUCAGACUUUUACUACAGCAAAGCCCUGCUGUCUCUGACGUGAUCACUCAGUGGUUGAGAGCAGCAGCUGCCAGUGCAUAAGAAGAUUGUCAAGGUCAACAGCUAGUAGGAAAAUGAUGCAGUGCAUUUUUUUCUGCUUUUUCUGAAAUUUUGCUCGCUUGUUAAACUUUCCAGCCAUUAUUGCCCACUUGUCCCAAGCUGAAGCUGAUGUUUUCUGACCUGCCUAUCGAGCUUGUAGGAAAGUUUGUUCAAAUUAAAUGCAUUUGUAGAAGAUUUUUCAUUAAUGCACUUUCUAAGGAAAAAAAAAAAGCCAGUCUAGUUUUCACUUGACAGUUAAACUCAUAAAUCUAUUAGAGGAGUAGCUUGGGCUUAUUUUCCUUGCCAAGGCCUGUUUCUUUUAAAUGUGACAGUGUAGUGUAAGUAGUAACACGAAAAGUUAGUGCUGCUUUCAACAGGCUCCCAGAGCACUGUUUUCUGUUCUCAGACUAUUGCAGCUGGCUUUUCUCUCAUUUGUGUGCUUCCCUUGCAAGGACCUAUUUACUCAAUGUUAUUUGGAGACCCUGGCUUCAUUCUGAAUCUUCCUUCUAAGAGUAACUUUAUGCAAGCCAAGUAAAGGUAUUACAGAGAGAAGAUGGUCAUGUGUAAAAAUGCACACUGGUUUUGUCAGGCUGUGAUCUGAGGUGCUGAGCAAAGUAAGCACACAGCACUGAAAUAAUGCAGACUGCUCCUGUCGUGGGCUGUGUGGCAGAUGAGAAGUCUGGUCUCAAGGGAAGAAAGAUACUGAUGCUGAAUGGGGUGCAGUUGUGCACUGCCACAUGCUUGUGAAUAGUACUUGAGACAAAAAUGUUUUUUCUGAACAAAGGAGAUGAGGGCAAUGCUUCACUUCUGUGCUUAUUUCUAUCCCUGUGGUAGCAGCUCCACGCUGAGCUGUUUGGCUCUAUUUGUUUUAGUUGUGUUCCUCUUUGCACUUUAUCUAGGCAACGAACCCCAGUGGCAUCAUUUGUAGCAUUGUGUGGAUUGAACACUGUGUGUGCCUCUCACAUCUCUCUGUAAAGUCAGGCUGUCCAUAGAGAGGAAGAAAGUUGGUAACUUUGUGUAGCUAAAAACAUCCUGCGUGAGCAGGCUUGGCUGGGAGUCUGUUCUGGAGCCGAGUGACCUCACAGGGAGCCCAGCUGUGAGCUGCUAAAGUACAGCCUUCACUGCAGUAAGACAAAACUCCUGUAUCAGGACCCCAAAGAGCCUGGUGAAUACUCACUGUAGCGCAGUUUUAAAGUCUCAUAUGGUUGCUCAUAAAUCCAUUAAAACUUUGCUGCAUAACUGCCUCUGCUGUUAUAGUGGUGGGUUUUUUUCCCCAUAGUUCUUAUCAGACUUCAUGGGAUGUUCAGCGAACAAUUCUGUCCUGGAGAUAGCAUGAGAUUAAGGUGGAUGAAUUAUAAAUCAAUUACAGUCAGUUACAAAUGACCAUUAUGCCAUGAUUUUUAUGUGAGGUUGAACUCUGAGUGCAACGUCAGGCUUCAGCUUCUGAGACCGUAAAUCAGUGCUGUCAUAAAAGUGACAGUGGAUUUACUUUCAUGUAAGCGUGGCUGUUGCUGAAACUGCAUCGAAUUGCUGCUGUGUGAAAGUGAGGUGUAAAGGUGGGACAAGCAGGUGAGGUUCUGUGCGUGCUCAAAGUUCUUACAGUCUUCGCUCUUAAGACUUCCAUAGGCAUUUUCACUUAGCUCCAUGCAUCCACAGAUAUGCUUCCUGUUCACAAAAUGUAGAUUGCCAUCUGGAUGUCAUCACAACUGGAAAUCGUGGCCCGAUGAUGCUGUGUCUUUUUUUUUUUAAAGUUGCUUAUUAGCUGGACUUGUUACGUGGAAUAAAAUAGUUGAGAUAGUUGGGUGGAAUGCAGGCCGUAUUAAGGUCUGGGAAGUUCAUGGAAUCAUUAUAGAAUGGCCUGGCUUGAAAAGCUCCACAAUGCUCAUCCAGUUCCAACCCCUGCUGUGUGCAGGUCACCAACCAGCAGCCCAGGCUGCCCAGAGCCACAUCCAGCCUGGCCUUGAAUGCCUGCAGGGAUGGGGCAUCCACAGCCUCCUUGGGCAACCUGUUCCAGUGCCUCACCACCCUCUGUAUGAAAAACUUCCUCCUAAUAUCCAACCUAAACCUCCCCUGUCUCACUUUAAAACUGUUCCCCCUUGUCCCAUCACCAUCCACCCUCAUAAACAGCCGUUCCUCUUCCUGUUUAUAAGCUCCCUUCAAGUACUGGAAGGCCACAGUGAGGUCUAAGUUGUGCAUUUGUAGCAAGGAUAGCCCUCAAGGAAAUGACACUGUUAUCUAUUUAGCCCUCCUUCCAACAGAUUUAAUGGAAAGCUUUGCAAUUCAGGGCUUCAAAGUUUCUUAGCCAGGGACUGGGAAGAGAUAAGUGAGGAAGGAGAAGGUCAUAAGGAAGUUCUGCAGCAAACCUCUAGAAUGAAGUUCAGUUUGAAUUGAGAAAAAUCAGAACCAUUUACAAGAUUACUGAUGCAACUUCAGUUAAAAAGCUGCAUUUGGUGUGUUAAGGGACCUGCAGCUUCUAUCUGGUGAAUCUCUGAUACCUUUGAGGCCUUCUAACCGGCAGAGAUGUUUUUAUACCUCGUAAGGAGAGCUUUUUGAAUAGAGCCUUGGUUACUUUCCAUUCCCUUCUUUCCAUCUGCAGCAAUGCCCUCAACCCCUGUGAUAGCUGCAGCUCUCAGCCCUUACGAGCAGCAGGGUGAGAUGGUUACGAUUCAUUCCAGCUUUGCUCCAACCAAAGCUGCAUCACCAUCUUGCUGCCAUUAGCACCACAGACACCCAGCUCCAACACAGGACUGGUGUGCUGCUAAGAAAGCAAAACCUGGUGUGAUAAGAAGCGAUGGAAGAUCCUGGAGGCGGUCAGGAAUGCUGCGUAAGGACUGUGCUGAUUUUAUCAGAUCCUCAUUAAAGCAAGCAGUGCAGUCCUGCACUACUGCAUCCUGCAGGCAUGUUGCUUUCUGUGUGUUUUGUCCUUAAGACAACAACAUGCUUUGUGAUUGUGACAAAUCAAUGGCCAGCAAAGGCCAGCGUGCAUUUAUUUCGUAAUGAAAACUUUGUGUGAUUCCGAGAUUCAAAUCAAAAUCUACACAGCUCUGUAUUUUCCUCUUUGUUUCUUCCUCGUUUGGCUUCCAUAUUGCUACUUAGCAUAUUUGCUAGUGCUGUCUUCAGUUAAAUAACCUGCAGUGGGAAGGAAAACGGGGCACCAGGCAGCUUCCCAGUAUGAAUCAUUUUUUUCCUAUUGAUCAGGGUUAACUUUGAAACAGAGGGGGAUGGGAACAGACACUGCUUUCCACAGUCAAACAAGUGGUUUUCUUUUUCACCUCUUAAACUUACAUGAAGCUUUAGGAUUGUCCCCUUGCUUGUGACGCACGAGAGCAAGCUUGGUGUUUUCUCUUAUGCUGGGUGAGUUACUGCCUUGCCUGCACUCUGGGUUUGCCCUCUCCCUUAAAAACCCACUGACUUUUAUUUGCAUGAAUAAUCCUUUCUCGACUUCCUUUGCUUUGUAUCCUGUGAAAUCAAGGCUUUACCCCAGGCACUUACUCUUUCCCUUCUUUUGUCCUCUUACAAUGGGAGACUUUGGGUUUUAUUGUAGAUACAAGCUAAUCAACCACUGACUUCAUUGUAUUUUUAUUUACCUUUAACUAGCUGUCAUUUUUCAGCCACUCCUUAUUUUAGUGGAGGCUCUGAGUUCUCCUUGCAAUGGAAGCCUUUCCUACCCCCUAAUCAUCAUCAUUACAGCUUUUCUCUGGGUUCAGUGCUGCUGCUGCUUCUGUUUGUACAAUGCUAUUAAUACUGAUUCAGCACCAUUAAUGUUCUGAACUUUGGUGCUGGUUUUAUUACAGUGUACCAUAAUUUUGCCUUGACCAUUUAUUUUACAUGAACUAUUUAUGGGAGGACACAUCUUGCUCUGAGGGCACAUCUGCAGAUGUCUGGUGUUAUUUUCUAUGAAAUUACAAGCAGGGACGUGCUGCAUAAUAUCUUCUAGUAUGUCAUACAAAGUUUUGAUAACCUGUUUAUGGGAAGAGAUGCACAUUCAACAGUUAUUGGCAGACCAGAGGGUACUUAAUUUUUUGGAUCUGUCAAACCUUCAAAUGCAUUUUGUCAUUCUUGCCAAGAGUGACAGGAAAGGCUUUGUUGUGAAGAGUUCUCACUGCCCACAGCUGCUGUGUCAGGUUCCUCACUGUAACAUUGCAUCGGUCUGUAAGAUUGCACUUGGGUUUAACAGUUAUUGAAAUAACACUCAAUGGCAUUUCAACCCUUGUAGCUAAGAAAUUAAGUGUUGUUUGACCAUCAGAUAUUCAUUAGCAAAUAUUUACCUACCUUUUAUGAACUCUCCCCUGGAUUAAGCAAGUGCAGUGUUUGUUUGUAUCACCAGUGUGUGUUUGUUGCUUAGCACGAAGUCUUCAGAAGCAUUUAGGAGCUUACCAGGGUUGCUGUUGAGGGUUAAUUUUGUUGUCACACUUUCUGUCAGAGCUUUGAUAGACUGUGAUUAAUGCUUUACAGCUUCAAAGAGGCUGUGUUAUUAAUGUGAGGGUUGACAUAAAGUUACUCUAGUGAGAGUAUUAUAAUAGCUGAAAAUCUAUCUUCAUGAUUCUCAUUGCUGCAGAGUGCCAUGGAGAUGGGUGGUUGGCUGUACAUCUGUUUUAACUCGUGUUGAGAGCCAGAUUCCUCACUUGCUUGAGUCUAUUCAAGUAUCAGUCUGGUUUUAUUUGGCAGUCCAUAAGGAAAUUCUUUUCUUGAAUGGGAAAGGCUCAGUCUUUCUGAAAGUGGCUUGAUUACUGUAAAUUAUGGUAAAUUUUCUCAUGCAGUGCCGCUGUUCAAGGCCAAGUGCAGUGCAAACUUCCUCAUUUCUGCAGGUAAAAUGAACCAUUCAGCUGGGUGCUAAGCUCCAGCAUCAAGCAACUCAGCAGCAAGGACAACUGCUCUCUUUUCAGCAGCAGGUUUGUAUCAGAAUCUUAAAAUGCACACCUUUGCCUUAGAGUCAUGUUCUUGAAAGGAAAUGCACACAGUACGGGUGCCGAAUGUUAAAGCUGCCUUGGGCUUUAUCCAGGCACUUGGUCACACUGAGCUUCAGCCAGCUGAGUAAAAAAUUGACUUCUGCAGUGUCUUCGAGUUGCAAGUGCAGAGCAAAGAGCCCAGCAUUUUGUGUCUUACAGCCCCUUGGCAAGGAUUGCAAAAGCAAAGCGGACUUUGUGCAGAUGAUUUGUUCAUGGCUCCCACGUCCCUGCCUGGUGAGCGUCAGCCUCCAGUCUCUCCACUCAUGUACCAGCACUGUAUUUUCUCAAGUUCUUCAUCUGAACGUCAAAAUGCCCACUUUACUUUUUGGGGAGGUUUUAUUCUGCUGACAUUCUGUACUAUGAAAAACUUGUACACGUUUUGAAGUCCAGUUUCAUUGGAACUGAUCAGUCUCGAACAUAGCAGUUGGCUUAGCAGAAGACAGAUGCGUUUGUCCUCUGAAUCUGGGGUUUGUUUUCACGUUAUUUGAGAAAUGGAGGAAGUUGCCGUUCCCUGUGGUGACUUUAUGGGCCUAUGGAACUUUCUUGAUUUCAUAAAUUAGACAGAAUCCACUUUAUUGUCAUCUGCUUUGGGACGAGCUAUAAACGUAUGUAUUUCUCUUGUCAGCUGUGCUAACGGCUGUGUAGCACUGCAGUUCCAGCUGCUGUGCUGUCACACUGCUCUGCAGCUGAGCAAUGCAAUGCUUGGGCAACUGGGGCAUUGCAGCUAGAGUUCCUUUGGCAAGAGAGCUCACUGUGUCUUCAGUUCCCGGAGAAGACUGGAAAGCAUUCCUCUAGGAAAAUGUCAGCGGGCUGCAGCUGAGAUGAGUGAAGCACUUGGUGUCACAGCAAAAACAAAUCCUUCACAAAUAUCUCACCAGACGCAAGCGAUUCAGAGACUGCUCUGCAUAUUAAAAUGAUUAUUUUACAUGAUGUUUCUCCUUCAUCUACUUCUAUGUGUUAGGAAGGAUCUGCUGUGAUAAUCUGCCAUACGUCCUCGGAUUGUCAGCCUGAAGCUGGAAGGAGGUUUUCCAGAUCUAACAGAUGCAGUUUUCAUGCCUGCAGAUGUGCCUCAGCUGUAGCUGCUUAUCAGCAGUUAAAGGUGUUCCUUCCUACGUUGGGCACCUACUUCAUAAAAUACCAGCAUAUAUUUAGUGGAGGUUAAUGGAAACAAACUGUGUAUCUGCUGUAAUAGCUGGUAAUUCUGUUUUUGUCACCUCUACUUAACUUGGCUUUUCUGUUGAUUUCCUUCCUACAAUGAAGAGCACUUGACAUUAAUUGUUUUCAUUUCUGUUACCUGGUAAUGUUCUUACGUAGUGCCUGAGCAAAAAGCUUAGGGACAUUAACAGUGCUGUGCUUCCAGUACAGAAUAGCUUCUACAACUGUUUCAGCCCAGUAAAUGUCUAUUUAUUGCUUAAGGCGAGCUUGCAUUGCAUGCCAGAACUGAUGGCUUUGGAAAGCCCUGGUAAGAGAGGGGGCAAGGAGGGAGCCUGUGCACUAUGCUGAAUAAUUUCCCUUUUGAAAUGCAAGAUAAGUCUGUUGUAAAUAAUUGGAUUGCAGCUCAUAGCAGUAAAUAUAUAAAAUCAUCAGUGAUGACGACUGCUUUGUUUCGCUCCCCAUUAAAUCCCCCAAAGUCAAGAUUACCUCUGCAGGUUGCAUUGAAGAAGCAGAGAAUAAGAAAGAUAACGGAAAACAGACUGGAAAUACUUGCUGAAGAGGGGGAUGAAUGCAUUGUAAAGUGGAGCAGGCUGAUGUGGCUGAGCAGCCUUUACUGCUUUGGAGAUGAACAUCUGAGAAAUGACGUUACCACAGUUGUAAUAAACAGAGGGAUUCAGUUUGGUAAAAAAAAGAAGCCAACUAACAAAAUAAAUUAUAGCAAAUAAAUAUAGCAAAUAAAAAACAGAGUGUGGCUUUUUAGCAAUUUCAAGACCUUUAAUUUCACACUUCGUUUCAGGGUCAGACAUUUCACAGAGCACUGCAGUGGGUUUAGGAGCACCGUAUUCGUGGCUCAGGUUAAAGCUCACCUUCAUUACGGUGGAGAUGUACGUUUUGAGCAUUCUUCUGUGCUUAAAUACAAAAAUUUGAUGCUGUUCAUGAGCUGUUGCUAAGGAUUUUCUAAAUAUAGAGAGCACCGCUCCCUUCUGGAAGAUCUGUGAAGCAUUUUGUGUGCCAGCUGUCACUUAUUGCUUAUUUUUGCCUUAAUACUUACUUAAAUGAAAGCUAGUGGAACGUAACUACAGAAAAUGACUGUUCUUCUCUGUGUCAGUAAUAGCCAUGUAAAGUGACUUGCCAGCAGUGAUGUAGGAGCUGGGGGGAGGUUGUGUUCCUGGGCAGGGUGGGAGUUAGACAUGCACAAUGGUGAGUGAUGGAGAAAUUCCACAGGAGAUCCAGUGCUGCAUAUUUGUGUGCUCUAUCUGCUGUUUUAGCUUUAGAAGUGUUGGCAUGAAGGCAGAAAUAACAUUUUAAAAUCUGCACGUUUAAUCAUUUACACUUAAUUGUUUCAGUACGGCUCUUGUGUGGGUUAAACUUGUGUAGAAUUAAAGGCUGUGGAUGUUUGUUUGUGCUGCUCUGAAGUUGUCAGAUGACAUUCUGUGCUAUUUAAGUCAUUCUGGAUGAGUAAGUCUAUAAGCUUAAGACUUCCUAUGAUUUCUGCUCAGGUUAGUCAGUGAAGGUGUAGCGUGUUGAGGAUUUGAGUGUGGUGCUGUGAAUGUAGAUGGCAGAUACCCAAGGUCAGGGAAUGGGGCUCUGAAUGAGCACUGAUGGAGCUGUGGGUGUCCCUCAGUGCUCAGUGCAGGGGUUGGACCUGAUGGCCUUUAAAGGUCCCUUCCAACUGAAAUGAUUCUAGGAUUAAUUCAGUUCACACAUGUGAGGAAGACCAGAGGCAAUUGAUGUGGAUUGCUGUAAUAGCAUGUUUAAGAUGUGCUUCCUCCUGGUAGGACUUUUCAAGCCUAAAUGUAUUAAUCAAUUUUGUGAAUAGCUUCAGCUGUGCUAUUCUGGGUCUGCCCUACCGUGCUAACAUAUCUUACACUGAUGCUUUUAUAAUUAAUAGAAUCACAGCAUGGCCUGGGUAGAAAAGGAGCACAGUGCUCAUCCAGCUCCAACCCCUGCUGUGUGCAGGUCACCAACCAGCAGCCCAGGCUGCCCAGAGCCACAUCCAGCCUGGCCUUGAAUGCCUGCAGGGAUGGGGCAUCCACAGCCUCCUUGGGCAACCUGUUCCAGUGCCUCAUCACCCUCUGGGUGAAAAAGAAAUAAAGAUGAUCUUGGUGAGAUCCAGUGAUUUGAUCUUCAGCGCUAUCAGAAAGGCUUUGCCAAAUGUUCUCAGAAAUUGAUGUUUUAAAUAGCCCCAGCUCAGAAUUUUCUUACACUUUCCAUGGCAACAAGUUCAUCUGUUAUGCAAAUGUCACGUUAACAGUCUCUGUAAAUGCACUGCUCCAUUUCUUUCCUGCAAAGUGGAUGUUUAGUUCUUGGUAGAAGUACAUUUUAACAAAGAAAUACAGUUACGUGUGUGAGCACCUGCCUUGAGGUGAACUGAAAUGUCUUCCUAAGACCAAGUGGAGGAUCCAGCUGGCCGUAGCAGCCAUGUAGGACCCUUCAGGAACCUGAUGGAAAGAAAAAGACUCAGGAAAGUAAAAACAAGGGGAGGAAGGCAACAGAUACAAAGCAGAAAAAGACUGAUUUGGAUUCUUCGGCAGAUAUGAGGGAUUCUAAAGAGGGUCAUAAAGAAGAAGAUGAAAAGCCUUCCGUUUCUGCUGUACUGUCCCUGGAACAAACAGCUGUGAUUCAGGAGAUGGUAAAUCAAGAUGUGCUUCCAAAGCUGAUGAUUCCCAGUCCUGCCAGUGAACUGCAAAUAGUGACCGAAGAGAAACAAGAAGAAGCAAUAAACUGUGCGUCAGAUGAUUUAGAUGAGGAUGAAGAAGAAGAGGAUGAAGAAGAGGAAGAAGAGGAGAUGGAAGAUACCAAUAUGCCUAAAGAAAAUGCUGAAAUGCCUUUGAUAUGUGAAGAAAAGUUAGACUCUAUGGAAGAGCAAAAGAGUACAUCAGAGGAAUCUCCAGAAAGCUCUCCAAAGAAACUUGUGGUGAAAAUUCCAAAAGCAAGAGGUGAGUCAAACGGUGAUGUUCAGGAAACAUUCAUGUUUCCUUGUCAGCAUUGUGAGAGGAAGUUUACAACAAAGCAAGGACUUGAACGCCACAUGCACAUUCAUAUAUCUACUGUUAACCACGCUUUCAAAUGUCGAUACUGUGGGAAAGCCUUUGGUACUCAAAUUAACAGACGAAGGCAUGAGCGGCGCCAUGAGGCAGGGCCAAAAAGGAAACCGUUCUUAACACUAACAUCAUCACAGCACCUGGAUAAUGUUGCUGAUAACCAAGUAAUUGUGAGUGAUGGUCUUAAAGAUGACUUGAACGUUUCCAAUCUUGUACAAGACUCCGUUGUCUUGGAUUCUGAGAAAGUCUCCCAGGAAAUGUCCCACUCUGCUUUCGCUGAGGAAAACAAGGAGCCCAAAGAAUUGCAUCCAUGCAAAUACUGCAAAAAGGUUUUUGGAACUCACACCAACAUGCGGAGACAUCAGCGCAGGGUUCACGAGCGGCAUCUUAUUCCCAAAGGUGUCAGAAGAAAAGGAUACUUCCAUGAAGAGCCACCGCUUCAAACUGAGCAGGCCCCACCAGUGCAGAGUGUAUAUAUAGCAAGUACUGAAAUAGAAGAGGAAGGUGAAAUAGAUGAUGUCUACAUUAUGGAUAUUUCCAGCAAUAUUUCUGAAAACUUAAAUUAUUACAUUGAUGGUAAAAUUCAGUCCAACAGCAGCACUAGCAAUUGCGAUGUGAUUCAGAUGGAGUCCAACUCUGCAGACUUGUAUGGACUAAAUUGUAUCAUCAGUCCAGUCACGGUGGAAAUUUCCUCAAAUAUAAAGAUUACACAAACACAGGUGAAUGAACCUCCUAAGGAGCCUUCUGGCAGCGGGAGCAAUGAAUCCAAAAAGAGGAGAACUGCCAGCCCUCCUCUUGUACCAAAAAUAAAAACUGAGAUAGAACCAGAACCUAUAACUCCUACUAGUUCUUUAAAUCUUCCUCUUAGCAUUUCAACAGAGAGCUUACCUUUCCAUAAAGACAAAAGUGUGUAUUUGUCAUCAAAAUUAAAACAGCUUCUUCAGACACAGGACAGUAAGAUCACUCCAUCAAAUGAAAUCCCUAAACUGGGACCUUCUGUUGCAUCAUCAUCUAUUUUGCCUCCAGUAUCCAGUAGAUUUAAAAGAAGGACCAGCUCUCCUCCCAGUUCUCCACAGCACAGUCCAGUACUUCGAGAUUUUGUCAAAUCAGGUGAGGGAAAAACUGUGUGGAAUGAUAAUCUUCGAAGUUCAAAAAUGCCAAAGUUAGAAAGCCACAGCAACUCACCUGCUUGGAGCCUAACUGGAAGGGAGGAGAGGGAGGCUGUGAGCCCUCUUUGCUUCGAAGACUUCAAAACAUCAAAAGACUGGACAGUGGCUCCAACUUUUGGCAAUGUAUGCAACCAGCAGCCCCUGGAUUUGUCUAGUGGUGUAAAACAAAGGUCUGAUAUCAAAAAUAAGCAUCAGGUUCCUUGGGAAUCUGUAUUAGAUUUAAGUGUGCACAAGAAGCCUUGCAGUGAUGCCGAAAUUCGGGAAUACAAAGAAAAUUCCAUUCAACCAACCUGCAGUGGUGUUAAAAAGAAGAAACCAACCACUUGCAUGCUACAGAAGGUUCUGCUGAAUGAGUAUAAUGGAAUGGAUGCAGCCACAGACAGCACACCCAGUGUGAACAGAAGCCCGAGCCCAAGCAAAUCCCUGGAAUCUCAGCCAGAACCAGACACAGACCCCAGUCUGUCUGCGUCGUCUUCUGUUGACACUCAGCCCCUUAGUUCCUCUGUUUCCCUUGUGCCACACGCAUCUGUCGCACCUUCCAUGUGUCAGCUGCCUCCUUUGUUAACACCAACUAAUCCUCCUUCCCCACCACCCUGCCCGCCUGUGCUCACAGUUGCUACAUCACCUCCUCCCCUUCUUCCAACAAUGCCUUUAUCAACUCCAGAUGUCUCUGCUAGUGCCACUAACACUUCCUCUUGCCCAUCGCCACUUUCAAACACUACUACCCAGUCUCCACUACCAGUUCUUUCACCUACGGUUUCUCCUUCUCCAUCUCCGGUUCCUUCAGUUGAACCGCUCAUUUCUGCUGCUUCACCUGGUCCUCCUACUCUCUCUUCUUCCUCUUCUUCCUCUUCCUCCUCCUCCUCCUUCUCUUCCUCCUCCUCCUCAUCAUCUCCAUCUCCUCCUCCCCUUUCAGUGGUUUCUUCCGUUGUUUCUUCAGCUGAUAACCUUGAAAAUACUCUUCCAAUGAUAAAACAGGAGGAAACUGAAAGUGAGCAGAAGGCCAGAGAAGAUCCUCAUGCUGCAAGUGAAUCGGGAGUAGUGCAGGAAACAUUCAAUAAAAGCUUUGUGUGCAAUGUCUGUGAAUCACCUUUUCUUUCUAUUAAGGACCUAACUAAGCAUUUAUCCGUCCAUGCUGAAGAAUGGCCCUUCAAAUGUGAAUUCUGUGUACAGCUUUUUAGGGAUAAAACAGGCUUGUCAGAACAUCGCUUUCUGCUUCACGGAGUAGGAAAUAUCUUUGCUUGCUCGGUCUGUAAAAAGGAAUUUGCUUUUUUGUGCAAUUUGCAACAGCAUCAGCGAGAUCUCCAUCCAGACAAAGUGUGCACACACCAUGAGUUCGAAAGCGGGACUUUGAGACCCCAGAAUUUUACUGACCCCAGUAAGGCCAACAUAGAGCACAUGCAGAGCCUGUCAGAAGACUCUUUAGAACUUUCUAAAGAGGAGGAAGAAGACGAAGAUCUAAACGAUUCCUCCGAAGAGCUUUAUACUACUAUAAAAAUAAUGGCUUCUGGGGUAAAAUCUAAAGAUCCGGAUGUUCGGAUGGGCCUCAAUCAACACUACCCAAGCUUUAAACCACCUCCAUUUCAGUAUCACCAUCGAAAUCCUAUGGGUAUUGGCGUUACUGCAACAAACUUCACUACCCACAAUAUCCCACAGACUUUCACUACUGCCAUCCGAUGCACAAAAUGCGGGAAAAGUGUGGAUAACAUGCCUGAGUUACACAAACACAUCCUGGCCUGUGCAUCUGCCAGCGACAAAAAGCGAUAUACGCCCAAAAAAAAUCCAGUGCCACUGAAACAGACUGUGCAGCCUAAGAAUGGCAUGGUUGUCAUCACUGGUCCUGGAAAGAAUGCCUUCAGACGAAUGGGUCAGCCAAAAAGACUUAAUUUCAACGUUGAGAUUAGCAAAAUGUCUUCAAAUAAACUAAAAAUAAACGCGUUGAAAAAGAAAAACCAGCUUGUCCAGAAAGCUAUCCUGCAAAAGAAGAAAUCUGCUCAGCAGAAGGCAGAAUUGAAAAAUAGUCUUUCUGAGUCAGACCCUCACAUCUGCCCCUACUGCAACAGAGAGUUUACUUACAUUGGAAGUUUGAACAAACAUGCGUCGUACAGCUGUCCCAAAAAACCCAUCUCCCCAUCCUCCAAAAAAAAAUCAUCCAAAAAAGGUGCAAGUUCAUCACCUGCAAACAGCGAAAAAGGCAGCAACCAGCGCAGGAGAACAGCAGAUGCAGAAAUCAAAAUGCAAAGCAUGCAGCCUCACUUGGGCAAGACAAGAGCGCGAACCUCAGGACCUGCACAGAUCCAGCUGCCCUCUGCAUCCUUCAAAUCAAAGCAAAGCAUUAAAUUUGUACCUCCCAUUCGAUCGAAAAAGCCAAAUCCGUCUUCGUCACUGAGGAACUCUAGUCCUGUGAGAGUGUCCAAAAUGACUCACGUGGAUGGGAAAAAAACUAAGGUGGUAGGUAAGAACACUUCCUCUGGCAUCUCAAGCAAAGCCACCCGGAAAUUGCACGUCAGAAUACAAAGGAGUAAUAAGGCUGUUUUGCCAAGUAGGUCUGCUGUGGCAAGUAAGAAAAAAGCAGACAGAUUCACUGUAAAAUCUAGAGAGAGGAUUGGAGGACCUAUUACACGAAGCUUACAGCAGGCGGCAAAUGCCGAGGCAGCAGAAAGCAAAAAAGAUGAAAGCAGUACAAAGCAAGAAUUAAAAGAUUUCAGUUACAGACUCCGCAUGGCCUCUAGAUGUCCCUCCUCCUCUUCUCCUAACACCAGCACCAGGCAAUGCAAGAAAUCCAGCUGCACUGCAUCCCCCUUCUUCAAGGAAUAGACCUCUGCGUGUCAGAGCGGAGCAGGUACUAGGAACUUUUGGCUGGAAAAGGGGAAAGAAUCCUCCAGCAUUGUCCCAGCUGAGGUGAGAACAGUUCCUUCUGCUGUCGCUUUGUUCUUCCAUCCAGAAGGAGAGGGACAGCGUGUGCUGGGAUAGCAUGGAGAAAUGGAGAGAGCCAACAGCUGGAAUAGCAUGGAGAAAUAUUCAGACAAUGUCAGGCAGGUUACCUGUGUUCAGAGAGCUGCAGGGCUGGGUGAGCAUCCUCUUCCUGGCCAAACAUGUCGAGGGGUUGAACGUACUAUGCAAUUAAAUGCUGAGAAGACUGUUACAUCGUUUUAUUCCUACCUUGCAUCCUAACGGGUAAAGAACUGGGCAACUUGCAAAAACCCACAGGGAGAGAGGUGGGUUUUGCUGAGGUUUCCACGUCUGCAGCCUGUGGGUACCCCAGUUCCUUGACUCUGUACCUUUAGCUUUAACGGGCACGGUGCCAUUGCUUUUGGAGUGCUUCAGGACUUGUGUUUCUUUGGAAGACCACUUGUUAAGUGAUCUCUGCAACGCACUGAUAGCCCACAGGUUCCUAAAGGGACAAGCAUCUGUUUCCUAAAGGCUGCUGUUGCAUUUCUCGCCAGUCUGGUACUCUUCUUACAGCCAGGAUUUGUUUGUUUGGUGAUUCACAUGUCACUGAGCAGUGCCACGCAAUGGUUUUCCUUAAAUAUGGAGCUCUGUGUAAGCUGUAAUGCAAGCAUGCUUUGCUUCAAUGGUCCUAUAAGAGGAGGCAUCGAUGGAGGCAGCCAGGAGAGCCGCAGCAACAUUGAGGUCAGUUUGAAAAAUGCAGUGCAGAGAGAUCUCUUGCUCCUAAAUGCUGACAAUCACACACAGGCAGCGGUGCUCCUGCUCAUUUCACUUCUGAGAUCCCACUUUUGGUGGGAUCCCUGCUAAUGUGUUCGAGUUUGGGAUUAUUAAAGGAGGCCAAGGGGCCGAUGGCCCCAUUUCCCCCUUGUUUCGGUCAGUUUUUCCCUUCCCUUGUCUUUGCACUCUGCACAGGUAAGCACACAUCUGUGUAUCCACGUGUUAGUUGUGAAAAAACAGGUGCCCAGUUGAUACUCCUCCCCACUCCCACCCUGGAAAGGGCACAAAAGGAUCUAUUAUAUAUAGAUCUACAUAUAUAAAUGUGAAAUGGCUGAGAACAGCUGAUUUCGUAUGGUUUUGCCGAGAAUCAGAAUGUUGGAGAUGAAUACAAAAGCUUUAAACAAAAAACUAUUGGUUCUGUUCGCUGUAAAAAUGUCUAAGCUAAAUGAUUGAAUAGAAGAGCAAAGGUCGUCAGGAUCUUACCUUACCUAGCUGCAGAUCUUUUGGAUAACCCCUAUUGCAGGCUGUCUAAGUGCAAUUGUGGUGUGAUGCUGAGGAUUGGAUGAGCCAUAAGAAGCAAUGUGCCCUUCCAGCCUGAGGGGGUGAGAACAUGGAGGUGAAGGCUCUGUGGGCAGCUUGUGCCACUGCUGGCUGCUCUGCCUCUUGCCUACACUGCAGAGUCUCAAGGAUGUGUUCCCUCUUGAGCUUUUUGCUAGCAAUAAUUUCCUCUUGAAUGAUGUGGUUGUACCAAUUCCAAACCAAGGAGGAAACGUUUCACAGCAGCCUGGAAGACUCUCAUUAUACAUUAAAACCAGUAGGAAGUGAGUAACCAAAUCUGCUGGGUAGCUUGGUCAAUCUUGGUCAAAUAGCACAGAAAAUAAAUUCCCUGGCCUUACAUAUCUCCAAGAAGCUGAUGUGCACAUAGAGCUCUCUGAUCAGUUCUGCUUUCGUUUCACACGUCACCUUUCCUUUAAUUUUCCCUGCAAAGUUUUCCUUCCAUCGUUUCCUAUUAGUGUGGUAAACCCUGUUCUUCAAAGCAGGCUUUACCUUCCUGUGCGCCUGGGCAUCAUCUGGGCAAUUCAAACAGCAAAUCCACAGGGCUUCAUAACAACGCUCUGUCCUGAGCACCACCUCGAUGUGCCCUUCAUUUUCCCAGGCUGCCCAGAGCACUGUGGUGCCCCAUUCCUGGAGAUGGAGACCUGGGGCAACCUCACGUGCUGUGGGGCACCCAUCCCAUGGCAGGGAUUGGAACUGGAUGGGCUUUAAGGUCCCUUCCAACCGAAGCCAUUCUGUGACGUUCAGCUGAAGGUGGUGCUCACUGCACAAAUCCUCACUGCUCACGUGAGGGUUGUUGCUGAGCCCAAAUCCUGCUUUAAACAACCCGUCCUGAGAUGCUCUCAGCUUCCAGCAGCAGUGACUUGAAUGGAGUGCAGAGUUUCUGGCACGGAUGCUGCUUCGUUCAGUGCCUUUGAGGCAUACCAAUGAGGUUAAUAGGGGUGGCUUUUGUGCAAUUUAGUUUUGCUGCUUUGUUGUUGUUGUUGUUCAGAGCAGCAUUAACGAUGAACAAACUCAAGGGGAGAAGCAUGUAAAUUGUUGUGCUAUAUGAACAUUUAUUUCUCCAGAGAAAUUCUGGCCUAUUGCACCAACCUGUACGUGUGUAUCUACCGUUUUAAAAGCACGUCUUUCUGUCCCUGGUUGUAAAUGCUCUGUUUUUAAGCUUUUAUAAGGUGUGUUACUCAACCAAAAGACCACAGCACCCAGCUUUGUAUUGUGGUGAUCUUUUUGGAGGCUCCAUUGCAGUCUGAGCUGUGGUAGAGAAAUAUCCACACCAAACCACUCAUCGUUUCCCAGUUGAUUUUUCUUACAGGAAACAAAUCAAUUCAACACGGUGUCUUUUCUCCAGAACGAUGAGGACUUUUUCUUCACAGCAAAUUCAGGACAGUACACCAUUUUUUAUUUUUAUUUUUAUUUUUUUUUCCCAAUGGUGGAAUUUCAUGGUUUUGCAGCAACUUUUUAACCUCCCUGUCGUGUGCCUGCUGACAAAACAUGAAAUUCUGUUGUGAAAACCCAAGGGGAGCGUGGCGAUAAAAGCUCAGGUUCUGCAUGUAGGAAUCUGCAAGGCCAACCAUGGAAGCUCUGCAGUGCUCUCAUGAUGAUGCUGAUGUUGAGGAGUUCAUGAAAUAAGGAGUUACAUGGAGAUGUGGCGUGAGCUGGGUGGUGCUCAGAUGCUGAACAUUGCUUUGGAAGAGUGAAAGCUCUGUUGCCCGUCCAUGUAAAGGGAAAGACCAAUAAAUCGAUGUGACAAACCUCACUGGG